AUGAUGGAGAAUAUUCGGGCAUAUGGUGCCGGCAUGGCUGGUGGAAAAUUUCAGCCGGGCGUUUUCCUAAGAAAACCGGCUGUUAUCUUGCGAAUCUUUGCUUUGGUAAUUGGACUUGCACAGUGGAUUGCCGUAUCACGUGGUAGUUGGUAUACGUCUGAAAAUGGUAACGAACAAAUUUGUCUUUAUGCCAACAGUUCGUCGACUUGUUCCUUCGGUUCAGCGAUGGGCUUUUUUGCUGUUUUGAGUUCAAUGGGUCUGCUAUAUCUAGAUGCUAAAUUCGAGAAAAUUAGUUCGGUUCCAACCAGAAAACGGGCUGUAACUACUGAUAUGAUUCUUUCUGCUUUACUGGCGUUCUUAUUUCUGAUAACGUUUUUUUCGUUAUGGUCAAAAUAUGGUGAGGUGGAUAUAAGCAAGCCAUAUAAUGGUGGUAUGGCCAAAAGCGCCAUCUUAUUCUCGCUCUUGUCAUUCAUUACUUGGGGAGCGGCUGCGUUUUUUGCAUGGCGACGGUACGAAGAGGGCACGAUAACAAAUUUUGUACCAUCUUAUGAACAGGAUUUCGCAACUGACAUACAAACUGGACCAGAUUACAGUUAUGGAGGAGAAAGCGAUAUCGGCGUUGCUGGCUAG